CCGGGCGGGAUGGGGCUGCGGGACGGCGCCGAGGCCCAGCCAGAGCCAGCGCGGCGGGGGCGGCGGCCGGGCGGGCCCCGCGAGCCGGCGGACGGCGCCGGCUCCGGCCGUGACGAUGCCUCCGCGCUGUCCGCACUCAAACGCCUGGAGCGGGCGCAGCGCACGGACCGGCUGGACGCGCUGUUCGGCUUCGAGCGGCCGGCAGAGCCCGGUGAGCGGACGGGCUGGCUCAUCAACAUGCACCCGACGGAAGUGCUGGAUGAGGACCGGCAGCCAGUGAGUGCAGUGGACUACUACUUCAUCCAGGAGGAUGGGAGCCGCUUCAAGGUGGCCCUACCCUACAAGCCCUACUUCUACAUUGCCACCCAGAAGGGCUGUGAGCGGGAAGUGUCCUCCUUCCUCUCCAAGAAGUUCCAAGGGAAGAUUGCAAAGCUGGAAACUGUCCCCAAAGAGGACUUGGACCUGCCAAACCACUUGGUAGGCCUGAAGAGGAACUACAUCAAGCUGUCCUUCAACACGGUGGAGGACUUGUUGAAGGUGCGGAAGGAGAUCUCUCCUGCUGUGAGGAAAAACAGGGAGCAGGACCAGGCGAGUGAUGUCUACACGACCAUGCUGUCAAGUGCUCUGAGUGGGGGCAGUCUAAGCACAGAUGAGGAAGGAGCCUCAAAAAAAAUUGCCAACCAGAUGGACAACAUCGUGGAUAUGCGGGAGUAUGAUGUGCCUUACCACGUUCGCCUUUCCAUCGACCUGAAGAUCCAUGUGGCUCACUGGUAUAACGUGCGAUACCGGGGCAACACCUACCCACCUGAAAUCACCCGCCGAGAUGACCUUGUGGAGAGGCCGGAUCCUGUUGUUCUUGCCUUUGAUAUUGAAACAACCAAACUCCCUCUGAAGUUUCCUGAUGCAGACACAGACCAGAUCAUGAUGAUCUCCUACAUGAUUGAUGGGCAGGGCUACCUGAUCACAAACAGGGAGAUUGUCUCAGAGAACAUUGAAGACUUUGAGUUUACUCCCAAGCCGGAGUAUGAGGGUCCAUUUUGUGUCUUUAACGAACCAGAUGAGGCUCAUUUAAUCCGGAGAUGGUUUGAACACGUCCAGGAGACCAAGCCCACCAUCAUUGUCACAUACAAUGGAGACUUCUUUGACUGGCCCUUUGUGGAAGCAAGAGCAGCAGUUCAUGGAAUUAAUAUGUAUCAGGAAAUUGGGUUUCAGAAGGACAGCCAAGGAGAGUACAAAGCAUCCCAGUGCAUCCACAUGGACUGUCUGAGGUGGGUGAAGAGAGACAGUUACCUCCCAGUGGGAAGUCACAACCUGAAAGCAGCAGCUAAAGCAAAACUGGGUUACGAUCCAGUGGAGCUGGACCCUGAGGAGAUGUGCCGGAUGGCCACGGAGGAGCCUCAGACCCUGGCCACCUACUCAGUGUCUGAUGCCGUUGCUACUUACUACAUGUAUAUGAAGUACGUGCAUCCCUUCAUUUUCGCCUUGUGUACCAUCAUUCCCAUGGAGCCUGAUGAGGUGUUAAGAAAAGGAUCUGGGACACUGUGCGAGGCACUACUGAUGGUUCAGGCCUACCAUGCCAACAUCAUCUUCCCCAACAAGCAGGAGCAGGAAUUCAACAAACUUACGGAAGAUGGACAUGUGCUGGACUCGGAGACCUAUGUGGGAGGCCACGUGGAAGCACUGGAAUCUGGGGUCUUCCGCAGUGACAUUCCCUGCCGCUUCAAAAUGAAUCCUGCUGCCUUCGACUUCCUGGUGCAGCACGUGGAAAAGACCCUGCAGCACGCCAUCGAGAAAGAGGAGGGUCUUCCCUUGGAUCAGGUCACCAACUUCCAGGAGGUUUGUGAUGAAAUCAAGGCCAAGCUGAAUUCCCUGAAGGAUGUUCCCAACAGAAUCGAGUGUCCUCUUAUCUAUCAUCUGGAUGUGGGGGCCAUGUACCCCAACAUCAUUCUGACCAACAGGUUGCAGCCCUCCGCCAUGGUGGAUGAGGCCACGUGUGCUGCCUGUGACUUCAACAAGCCGGGUGCCAACUGCCAGCGCCGUAUGACGUGGCAGUGGAGAGGAGAGUUCAUGCCUGCCAGCCGCAGUGAGUACCACCGCAUCCAGCAGCAGCUGGAGUCUGAGAAGUUCCCUCCCUUGUUCCCUGAUGGACCACCCCGUGCCUUCCAUGAGCUCUCCCAGGAAGAACAAGCCAAGUAUGAGAAAAAGCGCCUAGCAGAUUACUGCCGCAAGGCAUACAAGAAGAUACAUGUCACCAAGGUGGAGGAGCGGGUCACCACCAUCUGCCAACGAGAAAACUCCUUCUACGUGGACACAGUGCGGGCAUUCCGGGACCGCCGAUACGAGUUCAAGGGGCUGCACAAGGUGUGGAAGAAAAAGCUGUCUGCAGCAGUGGAGACAGGAGAUGCCUCUGAAGUGAAACGCUGCAAGAACAUGGAGAUCCUCUAUGACUCCCUUCAGCUGGCCCACAAGUGCAUCCUCAACUCCUUCUAUGGAUAUGUCAUGCGGAAAGGAGCUCGCUGGUACUCCAUGGAAAUGGCUGGCAUUGUCUGCUUCACAGGGGCAAAUAUCAUCACCCAGGCCAGAGAGCUGAUCGAGCAGAUUGGGAGACCUCUAGAACUGGAUACCGAUGGAAUUUGGUGUGUCCUUCCCAACAGCUUCCCAGAGAACUUUGUCAUCAAGUCAACCAAUAUCAAGAAGCCAAAAGUAACCAUCUCUUACCCAGGUGCCAUGCUGAACAUCCUGGUGAAGGAAGGCUUCACAAAUGACCAGUACCAGGAGCUGCAGGACCCAGCCUCACUCACCUACGUCACGCGCUCAGAGAACAGCAUCUUUUUUGAAGUGGAUGGUCCAUACCUGGCCAUGAUCCUUCCAGCCUCCAAAGAGGAGGGCAAGAAGCUGAAGAAAAGGUACGCCGUGUUCAACGAGGAUGGGUCCCUGGCUGAACUGAAGGGGUUUGAGGUUAAACGCCGGGGAGAACUGCAGCUGGUGAAGAUAUUCCAGUCAUCUGUGUUUGAAGCCUUUCUGAAAGGCAGCACCCUGGAGGAGGUCUACGCUUCUGUGGCCAAGGUGGCCGAUUACUGGCUGGAUGUGCUCUACAGCAAGGCUGCCAACAUGCCUGAUUCAGAGCUGUUUGAGCUCAUCUCAGAGAAUCGGUCUAUGUCACGCAAACUGGAGGACUACGGGGAGCAGAAGUCCACCUCUAUCAGCACUGCCAAGCGCCUGGCAGAGUUUUUGGGGGACCAGAUGGUGAAGGAUGCAGGGCUGAGCUGCCGGUUCAUCAUUUCCAAGAAACCUGAAGGGUCUCCCGUCACCGAGAGGGCCAUCCCCCUUGCCAUCUUCCAAGCCGAGCCCAGUGUGCGCAAACACUACCUCCGGAAAUGGCUGAAGAGCCCCUCGCUGCAGGACUUCAACAUCCGUGCGAUCCUGGACUGGGACUACUACAUCGAGAGACUGGGCAGCACCAUCCAGAAAAUCAUCACCAUUCCUGCCGCCCUGCAGCAGGUAAAGAACCCAGUGCCACGGGUCCGACACCCAGACUGGCUUCACAAGAAGCUCCUGGAGAAGAAUGAUGUGUACAAACAGAAAAAAAUCAAUGAGCUUUUUGUUUCAAAAGGCAAGAAACAGAUUCUUGCCAGCCCGCCUGUGGAGGGGACACCCAGCUCACAGGUCGGUGACAUAGAGGACUUUGGGGCUGUCAAGAUCCCUCUGCCAGUGGUUCCCAUUGCAAAUAAGCGGAAGCGCGUCCCUGCAGCAGAGGAAAGCCAAGAGCUGUCCCAGGAGCUGGAGCUGUCCCAGUCCUGGCGGGAGAUCCUGGGCCCACCUCCAUCCCUUGGCACCACCAAGGAGGAGCAUCUGGUCUGGCUGCGCUUCCACCAGAAGAAGUGGGAGCUGCAGGCUCGGCAGCGGCAGGAGCGCAGGAAGAGGCGGCGGCUGGAGGAUGGGGGCGUGCUGGCAGGUGGAGGAGUGGUCCGCGAUGCCCUCUCCAAAGGGCUGGGCAGUUACCUGCGCCGGACAGCACGCAGCAUCCUGGACUUGCCCUGGCAGGUCGUGCAGAUCGCUGAGACCAGCCAGCCUGGGCUGUUCCGGCUGUGGGCGGUGAUAGGGAGCGACCUGCACUGCAUCAAGCUGAGCAUCCCCCGUGUCUUCUAUGUCAACCAGCGCGUCCCAAAGCCUGAGGAGGGAACAACCUACAGGAAGGUAAACAGGGUCCUGCCCCGCUCAAACUUAGUUUACAACUUGUACGAAUACUCUGUUCCUGAAGACAUGUACCAAGAGCACAUCAAUGAAAUCAAUGCAGACCUCUCUGCUCCGGACAUCGAGGGAGUGUAUGAGACACAGGUGCCAUUGCUGUUCCGUGCCCUGAUCCACCUGGGCUGUGUGUGCAUGGUCAGCAGGCAGCUCGUCCAGCACCUGGCAGGGCGAGAGGCUGAAACCUUCAACAUCGAGCACCUGGAGAUGCGCUCACUGGCUCAGUUCACUUACCUGGAGCCAGGAAGCAUUCGCCACAUCUACCUGUACCACAGCUCCCAGGGCAGCAAGGCAGUCCUGGGACUCUUCAUCCCCUCACAGCGCAAGGCUGCCGUCUUUGUGCUGGACAAGGUUCGCAGCAACCAGAUGCCAAACCUCACCACCUUGUUCUUGGCGGAGCGCGCGGCUCUGCUGGAAAAGGUGGGCGCGGAGUUGCUGCCCCCAGACAAACACACCUUCGAGGUGCGCGCUGAGACCGACCCCAAGGCCAUCUACAGAGGUGUCCAGAGGCUGCUCUUGGGCUACAAGGACGAGCGCCGGGGCCCCACGUUGGUGGCUGUGCAGUCCAACUGGGACCUGAAACAACUGGCAAGUGGGAUCCCCAUCAUUGAGGAGUUCCCCUUGGUCCCCAUCCGGCUGGUAGAUGACAUCAGCUACUCCGUCCUGGACUGGCAGCGCCAUGCAGCCCGCCGCAUGAUCCGCCACUACCUCAACCUGGACACCUGCCUUUCCCAGGCUUUUGAGAUGAGCAGGUACUACCACAUCCCCAUUGGAAACCUCCCUGAUGACAUCUCCACCUUCGGCUCCGACCUGUUCUUCUCACGCCACCUGCGUCGUCACAACCACCUGUUGUGGCUGUCCCCCACGGCUCGCCCCGACCUGGGGGGGAAGGAGGCCGACGACAACCGCCUGGUCAUGGAGUUUGAUGAGAGAGCCUCAGUUGAGAUCAACAACCCUGGCUGCUACUCCACAGUGUGUCUGGAGCUGGACAUCCAGAGCCUGGCUGUGAACACUGUGUUGCAGUCCCACCACGUGAAUGACAUGGAAGGAGGCUCCAGCAUGAGCAUUAGCUUCGAUGUGAUUCAGCAGGCUUCCCUGGAGGACAUGGUAACAGGGAACCAAGCUGCCAACAUCCCAGCCAGCUAUGAUGAGACUGCCCUCUGCUCCAACACUUUCAGGAUUUUGAAGAGCAUGGUGGUGAGCUGGGUGAAGGAGAUUACGCAGUACCACAACGUCUAUGCAGACAACCAGGUCAUUCACUUUUACCGCUGGCUCCGCUCUCCUUCCUCCUUGCUUUAUGACCCAGCACUGCACCGCAUGCUCCACAACAUGAUGAAGAAGCUUUUCCUGCAGCUGGUGGCUGAGUUCAAGCGCCUGGGCUCCUCUGUGGUCUACGCCAACUUCAACCGCAUCAUCCUGUGCACCAAGAAGCGGCACAUUGAGGAUGCCAUCAGCUACAUGGAGUACAUCAUCAACAGCAUCCACUCCAAGGAGAUCUUCCACUCUCUGACCAUCUCGUUCUCCCGGUGCUGGGAGUUCCUGCUCUGGAUGGACCCAGCAAAUUUUGGAGGUAUCAAGGGAAAAGUGGAUUCUCGCAUCCACUAUGGGGAGAAGGACACCAGCAAGACAUUGGAGGAGGAGGAGGAGAGUGAGGAAGAGGAGGAGGAGGAAGGUGGCGAGGAAGAAGAGGAGGAGAAAGGGGAGCCAGACAUGGAGGAGCUGCUGGAGAACAACUGGAACAUCGCGCAGUUCCUGCCCCAGGCUGGUUCCUGCCAGAGCUACUUCUUGAUGAUCAUAUCAGCCUACAUCGUGGCUGUGUACCACAGCAUGAAAGAGGAACUGCGGCGUAACACCCCUGGCAGCACCCCCAUCAAGAGGAGGAGCACCAGCCAGGUGUCCCAGGAUGCUCUGGGGGAGCUGAGGGCCAUGCCUGGCAUGAUCACCUUCUCACAAGAUUACGUGGCCAACGAGCUCACCCAAAGCUUCUUCACCAUCACCCAGAAGAUCCAGAAGAAGAUGGCUGGUUCCCACAAUGCCACAGAGCCCUCAGACAUGUUCCCAGUCCUGCCUGGCUCCUACCUGCCACUCAACAACCCAGCUCUGGAGUUCAUCAAAUAUGUCUGCAAGGUCCUCUCCCUGGAUGCCAACAUAACCAACCAGGUGAACAAACUACGCCGGGACCUGCUGCGCCUCAUCGAGGUGGGCGAGUUCUCAGAAGCAGCCCAGUUUCGGGACCCUUGCCGCUCCUACGUGCUUCCUGAAGUCAUCUGCAGGAACUGCAACUUCUGCAGGGACCUGGACCUGUGCAAGGACCCUGCCCUUUCCCAGGACAGGUUGGUGCUGCCUGGCUGGCUCUGCCCCAGCUGCCACGUGCAGUACGAUACUGAUGCCAUUGAGAUGGCGCUGGUGGAAGCCCUGCAGAAGAAGCUGAUGGCCUUUGUGCUGCAGGACCUGGUGUGCAAAAAGUGUCGUGGUGUGAAGGAGACACACAUGCCUGUGUACUGCAGCUGUGCUGGAGACUUCACCCUCACCAUUUCCUCCCAGGUCUUCAUGGACCAUGUCAAUGUCUUCCAGAACAUUGCCCGGCACUAUGGCAUGGCCUACCUGCUGGAAACCAUUGAGUGGCUGCUGCACACCAACCUCCAGCUUCAGCAGUGAGGGCUGGGCUGCUCUUCCUGCCUACUCCAUGCUCUCACAUCCAUGGACAGUGGUACUGGACCCCCUUGGCCAUGGGCCAGACCACAGAGACACUGCACACCCCUCCUGCAGGGAGGGAAGAGGGGGAGAGCCAUGCUUGGCACUGGGCUGUGCUUGCCCAGAGCUGCCUGGUGGGGAAUUUGGGAGUUUCCAGUGACUAGAACUGGGUUCCACAGGUCUGUGCUGGCCCCAGGCAUCAUUUUAAUUUUCAGUUUCUGUAAAUAAAUGGGUGGUAGAAGGCAGGUGUCAUUUUAGGGGGAGAGGAAUCAGGGGCUGUGGAUGCCAGUGGCUGUGGUACCAGCCGUGACCUGGGGCAUACUGGUGGCUGUGGUACCACUGGCUUCAGCCCAUCCUCAGCCCAGCCCUUGCCAGCAUGAGGCAGGCAGUGCCCACAGGUGCUGCCCACACCUGCCAGCAGGUCCUGCCUGUGGGCAGCUGGCUGCAGUGGGUGACUUCCCUGUGCUAAUGUGCCUGAGCAUGCUUGGCCCGAGCACUUGUCAGCUCUCAUUGAGGUAUUAGCGGGUCUGUCCGGUGAGGUGGGGGGCCUGAGACCCUAUACACAUCCCUGCAGGACCAGCAGCCCAUGGCUGGAGACUGUAUGUCCCUACCAUGGCAGGGCUGCAGGAUGGGGACACAGCCACCAGCUUUGACACCCAUGUCCCUCCGUUUCACUGCAAUGUGUAGCCCUAGGCAAGGUUUACUGACACCCUGUACGGUAAAGGCAGGGCAACCCCGACGAUGGGAAGAAAGUGAUGCAUCUGACUCCACUGAUAUCAGAAGGCUAAUUAAUUACUUUAUUAUUCUAUAUUACAUUAUAUCUGAACUGACUCUGCACAAAGCACUCAACUGCCCAGAAUCUCUUGACUGUCAGCCGACAGUCCCAACACACACACACACACACGGAUUCAAUGGUUCAGUGAAUCAAAACACACCAGAAUCCAAUUACCAAUUCUCUUCAGGUAAACAAUCUUCCACAAUGCAUUCCACUUGUGAACAACA